UUUGUGUCCAUCACUCCGUCUGGGAGGGACUUUAAUUCGCUCUUGUUUAGUUCUCAAUGGAUGCCAUCAACAUCAGCCACGACACGCGAUCAGAUGUACAACGAAGGACGGACCUAAACGCAAGCUGAAUACGAGUCAGAUGUGGUGAAUGUGCGCGUAUUUACUAGCUGACAAGACCUGAGAUCGCGAUGAGGACGAGUGAGGAGUGUGUUUAGAUGAAUCCAGCUGUGCUGCGUGGCCUGACAGCGCGACAGACAGACAGACUCUGUUUAUAAACACGGGGAUUGAUGCACCCUUUCCAGUGGUGCAACGGGUGCUUCUGCGGUUUGGGACUGAUCUACUUCAAUAAGACCUGCACUAUGUCAUCCGUCACCUUCCAGGACCUUCCUCUCAAUAUCUAUAUGGUGAUCUUCGGCACAGGCAUCUUCGUCUUCGUUCUCAGCCUUAUAUUCUGCUGCUAUUUUAUAAGUAAGUUGAGACAUCAAGCCCAAAGUGAACGCUUUGGAUACAGAGAGGUCAUUUUAAAAGGAGAUCCAAAGAAGCUGAAUCUUCAUGGGCAGACAUGUGCCGUGUGCUUGGAGGACUUUAAGGUGAAAGAUGAGCUGGGAGUGUUGCCAUGCCAACAUGCCUUUCACAGGAGGUGUGUGGUGAAGUGGCUGGAGGUGCGCUGCGUCUGCCCCAUGUGUAAUAAACCCCUGGCGGGAUCCUCCGAACAGCACCAGAGCAUAGGCACACUGCUGGAUGAGCUGGUGUAGGGACAAGACCCACAUCAGCCUUCAAAAUCUCUACAGACCUGACUGUGACCCUCACUGUAUUGUGAGACUGAACCUCAGAUGAGGUCAAGAGGCAUGUCUUCUCGAUAAAACAUUAAGGGAGACCGUAGAUUCUCGACUGAAGAAACCUCCGGGCUAAGGCUUUGUAUCUUUUGAGUAAAAAAGCCUUUAAUUUAACAGUGAAUGCUAACUGAGCUGUUCAGUCAUAAUGUCGGUUCGUAUGCUAUCCUAGAAGGCUAAUUCACCUCCGGAUCCCUCAGGAAUUAAUAAGGGUUUUUAAAACCAAACGGGUUUUGAUUUCUGAGUAAAACAAGGCCUGUGUGAAACACUACUUUAAGAUUCAUGAAGAAUUUAAAUUGGGAAACUCUUGAGUGCUUUAUAAACUCAAGCUGCUACAGUAAGAACUACAACUACCACAAGGAUGUGUGUUUACACACACGAUGAAACAAACAACUGUUGUAGACUUUAUGUAGUGACUUUUUAAAGCACACAGAAGUUUUACAUUUGAGGUAUGGAUAAGUGUAAUUUAUGUUGUACAACAAAAUGUGCCAAAAUGAAAUGUAAACAGACCACUGAGAAAACAACUGAAACUCCUGUGAGAAAUCCUCCGGGUUUUGGGACUACAAGCUAAAUAUCUGUAUUGUAAAUGCUCUACAUCCGACCAGAUGAGGAGGAAACAGGAUUUACAUCAUUCCAGCACUGAACACUGGACCGCAAGUGACAACAGCACAGUACACUGGGCCCAAAUCACUUUAUCAGUGUGUGUGUGUGUGAGUGUGAGUGUGUUUUACAGUCACCAGUAGUAGUGUUGGAUGUCUCGUUCAUUCUAGAUUAUGUGUGCACAAAUCAUCGACUGUCUUAAGAGAUUUUAAACAAACACUACCACAGUUCCCCGAGUCCCGGACACAGAAAUGGGCUGCCAGUGAAAACACAAGUGGCUUUCUUUUUGUAUUUUUUUUGUAUUGUGCUUGUUCACUGUAAUCUGGUUGCUGUUGUUACUACCUGCUGUGUUUUAGUCAAUGUUUUCACACCCCAAAAAAAAAAAAAAAAAACUUUUUG